AUGAGACAACUGAAAGUGGAUCCAUUGAUCCACACUGCGGUACAGCAACCCGGAUUUAUCCGCGUUAAAAGAGGUUACAAACCUUUAAAAGUAGAAAAUUUAGUUAAAAAUAUCGAACCUCAUAAAGAUCCGACGGAUCCCUAUUUUCCGUACCAAUGGUAUUUGAAAAAUACCGGACAAAAUGGUGGCAAGGCGAAACUGGAUUUGAACGUUGAAGCCGCAUGGGCGCAAGGAAUUACUGGUAAAAACGUUACCACUGCUAUUAUGGACGAUGGUGUCGACUAUAUGCAUCCUGAUUUGAAAUUUAACUAUGUAAGUAUAUUUUAUGUUUUGUUAAGAGUUAUCAAACAUUUUGUACAGUGGUAA